GAUUCCAAGGGGUAGAUUGAGUUAGGCGAUAAGAAAAAUCAGAAAAUAGGCGCAUUUCGCAAACCAAAGAAAAAAAUGACACAAUUUGACCUCCAACCUAGUACCUUAUAGCGGUCGACCCGGCGGUUGAGUGCGGCUCGUUUUUCUCACCGGGUCAGGGUUAAAUUGGGUCGACUCGCGGGUCAACCCGCGGCUUGACAACCUUGGGCCGAAUUGAUUUUCGAACUCACGUGUGGCAUCUUGGUUUACCGAAUCGGGGGUGGAACUGGAAGUAACCACCGGUUGUAGGUGCGCCGACGGCUGUCAAUAGUUAGGAAGGAGUAUAUAAUAAGAACUCCGAGGAGAGCAAAAGACGAACCGACAUCCUCGUUCACACCUCUGUAUCCCUAUCUGAGUCGCGAGUUAAGAUGGGUUGGGGUUCAGUUUGAAGCUUAGAAAGAAACCUCCUGCCGAAACAGAGUCGGGCAGAGAGCAAGAUUGGAUUUUUAUUUUCUGUUCCUCUCUCUGUGGUGUCGGUUGGAGUCAGAGAGUUCGAUUCGACGCAGUCAGCAAACCAGCUGAGUAAGAGUAAGACUACUUAUCAAUCCCUUUUCCCUUUUGGUUUCGGCGUCAGAAUCUCAAUUCUAUACUGCAGCGGUGGCGAGAGGGAGAUCUCUCUUUAUCUCUUUCCGCCCCAAUUUGGUUUCCUAGUCGGGAUAGGAAAAUCACUUUCUCUGUUUCGCACAUAUAUGCUUAUGCUCAGAAGCAUUUAACCCCAAAUCCCUCAAACACGGCCGAGGAAGAAUUGUGUCGACAUUAGGUUCUGAUUGAGGGCACCAUGGCUGAUGAUUUGAAGGAUUGGUCCGAAUUGGGAGAGGAUCUUCUGCUUAUGAUCGGGCAACGGUUGAUCACUCUAGACGAUAUCAUUAGAAUCCGAGCUGUUUGUAGUCCAUGGAGGCGAGCCCUUCGAGCCGAGCAGUUGCGCAGGUUCUCCCCAUCCUCGCAUUGGCUCAUGCUGCCUUAUUGCAGCAGCGACAACAUGAACAUGAGUACUCCUAUUAGCAGGCAUACUAGUUCCCCAGACGUGGACCUGGCCAUUCCCAGCAUUGGUUGCAAAGGUUCCGAAACCUGCCGCUGCUUUUUUGACGUUGUGCUGCAUCAAUUUCACCACAUCGAGUUCCCUGGACAUCUACGCAACAAAACCUGCUGUGGAUCCACAAUGGGGUGGCUGUGUAUGGUGGGAGAUACGCCCGCUAUGUCCUUGUUUAACCCAGUUACUAAGACCGAAAUCUCUCUUCCGCCCAUCACGUCUUUCCCUGACGUGUUUGCCUUCGACCCUGAAAAACUCCGGCUUGAAUACCUGCUUCGAGAUUACACUGGCUUCACGGUAUCACGGGGAAAGAAGUCUAUGGAGAAGAAGUACAUAAUGAAAGUUGCUAUGUCAGCCGAACCCACUACAGAGGAAUGCAUUGUGAUGGCCAUCCGUAGGAAUGCCGAUCAUCGCUUAGCGUUUUGCAGGCCUGCGGAAAUUGAAGCGGGGUGGAUAUUCGUUCCUCAUGUGGAGGAGGAUGGAAUAACCUCAAGGAUUGCUUAUGCGGAUAUGGUUUUCUGGAAGGAUCAGUUUUAUGCUCUUGACUUUGAUGGGAACGUUCUGGUGUGUGAUUUCUCUGCUAACCCACAUUAUCCAACCCUUUCAUACUUUUUGUCUCCCGGUGCGUUUGCUAUGUGCGAGACUCUAUAUUUGGUUGUAUGUCCCGCUGUUGUUACGGGAGAGGAGGAUGAGUUGAUGGUGGUGACUAGGCAUGCAAGUUUCAUUUUCAAUGAGGAAAUUGAAGUUGAUCCAGUUGUUGCUGAGGACAUUGAUCCUAUCGCUGAUGAUGAUGAUGAUUGUCAUACGAAUGUAUUUGAUAGUGAUUCCGACGAUGAACAACUAGGCACUAGAGCAGGAGGAGGAAGCUUAGGUGUAGUUGCCACCAAACCUUACUGGACCGAGAAAUUUCAAAUUUUCAAGCUCAAUAAAGGAGCAGAAGGAUGGGAUAGAGUGGAGAGCAUCGGUGAUUUUGCCUUGUUUCUGGGUUUCAACACACCUGGUACUUUUGUCUCCAUCAAAGACUAUCCUGGAUUAAUGCCCAAUUCCAUUUAUUUCAGCGAUGAUCUGGUCGAGUUCCAUUAUCAUCCACGAUGGAAGAAUCAAGCAGCCAUUUUGGAUUUGGUUCGUGAUGAAUAAUCAUGUUGAGAUCUCAGUUUUGCGUUAUUGGUUGUAUGGAUGAGGUGUGGUAUAAACCCGUCUAAGUAUGGAAUGCCUCUCCUUUACCUGCACGAGUUGACUUGACUACUGCCUGUAUAUCCCAGGUUAGCCACCAUCUCCUUCAGGUUGCUUUGGCACAUUGAUGAAGCCCAGUUUUCAAGCAUUUGUACAUUGUUACCCCUUGCAUUGAUGCAAUACCUUUUUAGUCGCUUUUUUCAAUUAUGCUUUACUCACAAACAUAUGCAGAUUUGUUUUGCAGUUCAAGAGAUUAACUAAACCUUUUCUUUCUUUUGUUUGGCUCAAAUGUUGUGUUGAGAAGCCUCUUAAAUGAGGUAGCUUGUUGUUGCUUUUAUGGUACUGAUUGCAGCAUUGCUCUUCAAGUGGUUCUGCUUCUCUUCCAUUGGGGGCUUUGCUCUCCACCUAGUGUUGUUUUACUGUCCACGGGGGAUAGCAGUCAAGAGAGAGAAGACCAAAUCGAUCUCAUGAUUGCAGCUAAGGAAGUACUGUGACUGUAUCUUAUUCAUCAAACACUUGCGUACUGUCAUUUAAGCCUUUGUUCUGUAAUUAAGAUGCUAGAUUUUACCUUUCUAUAGCUCUCUUUCAAUUGUGAGGCUGGAUUUGACAUGAUUUUCGGCUUCUUUCAGAUUUUACAUUCCAUUUAUGAUUUAUCUCAUUCGACAUUUCUUGUUUUCUCCAUUGAGCACUGAUGAUUUUUUCUUUAUUCAGUGUGGACAUGCUUCCUUUGAGUUGAUCUCGAAAUGGAAGCCUGAUGGUAUUCAUAUGCACAUACGUUUAUGUUCAGGCAAACCAUGUGAUUCAGAGCCCUUCUCUAGCCAAUUCAAUAUGUUCUUCUUUACUGAACAAAAUGCGGUUAGCCUCAUGUGUGUUUAUGUAUGCAUAUGCGUUGUGUGUUAAGAUUAAUCUGAAUUUCAAAAAAGUUUCCCUUCAGGUUCACAUCAUUGGUCGGCGACAUGAAGACCAUCAGAAGAAUUACCUGCAUCAAUCCAGAAUUUAAUCAAGGAUUCAGCUACCAUCAGUCUAAAAUUUAUUCAAGUUUUCAUAAAUUACCUGCACUCCUUUUUUACUUCCAUUCUUUGUACACAACCAGUCAUUUGUCUCUUUAGGAGAUGUGGUGAUUGGAUGUAUUUCCGGUGUGAAUGGAUGUUGAUAAAGUCGCACAAGAGUGAAAUCUAUGAUGUGAAACUUAGGUUUAUGGAUAAUAUUUUGCUUUCAAUUUGCAAGACAUUCAAUUGUUCUUUGAUUAUAUAUCAGUAAGCUGCAAUCCAUGGGUUCACUUUUGUCUGUCUGUUUGCGGUAGGUUGGGAAUCCAAGCCACAUCGUAUUAGAAGUGAUUGUUUAGAUCAGACCGUACAAUGUGGUUCGGAUCGUGAGGUCAGAAUUACAGUUUGAUAUGACUUGCGAUUUCCCUCUUUAGUGUGUGGUCCGACACAGUAUGAAUCGCAAAAAAAUUGAGGUUAAACAUGGUAGACCGUGACCCACUACCCACUAAUUCAAAACAAAAUAAUAAUCUAUCUCCAUUUAUGCAUUUGGAACAACAAACCACGCUUGAUUAGGGUUGCAAAUAAGCCACACUGCUCAUGAGCGGCUCAAUAUUCGACUUGGAGAAAAUUUGCUCGAAAUUGAACUUGUUUACUAACAAAUUUGAGCUCAGCCUUGUUUAGCUUGUGAGGAAAUCGAGUUCGGUGGCUCAUUAAGGUUAACUCAUGAGCUGGCUUGUUAUGAGCUCAUGAGUUAGCUAGACAGUGUGGAUAGCGAGCCAAUCAAUUAUCGAUGUAUUAGUGAAUCGAUUUAUAACUUACGAGUUGACUUGUUGAUAGUCCAUAAAUUUGUUAGAUUGCAUAUUUUACACUAUAAAAUUGGUUAAAGCAU